AUGGUGCUCAUCAAAGCAUUGGUCACAGCGACUACAUUGAUUGCCUCGACAAUUGGCAGUCCAAGUCCGAAGUACCCGAAGCCUGUCUCUAAUAUCACCGACUUUGUUGAGACCCAGCUGUUAGAGGACCCUUCUCCAUAUGACUUCCCUAUUCUUCAAAAUGGCAGUCUAGCGGACAGUGGUCAAUUUCCUAUGCCGUUAUGCAAUGGAUUUAAGUUAGAGGAAGCUUCAAUUGACCAAUUGCAAUCGGCCUUGUCAAAUGGGACAUUGACUUCAGUGCAAAUCGUUAUGUGUUAUCUGGAGAGGAUUUACCAAACAGACGAAUAUAUCAGAACUGUAAUGCAAAUCAAUCCUGAAUUCAUUCAGAUAGCUUCUGCGCUCGACCAUGAACGUAAAUUAGGUAAAAUUCGCGGACCAUUACAUGGCAUACCAUUUCUAGUGAAAGAUAAUAUUGCUACCAAAGACAAAUUAGAAACUACUGCUGGUUCUUGGAUGUUGCUUGGUUCCAUCGUUCCUCGUGAUGCUCAUGUCGUGAAACGGCUUCGCGAAUCCGGGGCCAUUCUAAUGGGACAUAGCACUCUCAGUGAAUGGGCUGAUAUGCGCUCGAACUCAUAUUCUGAAGGUUAUUCGGCCCGCGGUGGUCAGUGUCGAUCACCAUACAAUCUAACUACCACUCCUGGAGGAAGCUCAUCGGGCAGUGCUUCGGCUGUUGGCGCAAAUCUUAUUACCUUUGCACUUGGUACCGAGACUGAUGGAAGCGUAAUCAAUCCCGCCGAGCGAAAUGGUGUGGUCGGUUUCAAACCAACCGUUGGACUUACUUCGCGUGAUGGUGUCAUUCCUGAAUCUCAUAAUCAAGAUACCGUCGGAUGCUUCGCUAAAUCUGUCCGAGAUGCUACCUACUGCCUUGACGGAAUCUACGGUCCCGACACCCGUGACAACUACACGCUUGUGCAAGAUGCGCCAGCCGGUGGCUACUCUCAAUAUCUUAGCAACAAAACUGCUCUCCAGGGUGCUGUUUUUGGGCUGCCCUGGCUCAGCUUUUGGAAAUUUGCCGAUUCGGAUCAACAAGCCCAACUCCUUAAUCUUGUUUUCGAGAUAGAAGCCGCUGGUGCUACGAUCAUUAAUGGCACUGAACUACCUUACUGGCAGACCAUUAUCUCUCAAGAUGGCUGGGACUGGGACUAUGGCACUACUCGUGGAUAUCCCAACGAAUCCGAGUACACAUAUGUAGCAGUUGACUUCUACAACGAUAUUGUAAAAUAUCUCGCAGAUCUCAACAAUACAGAUAUUCGCACCGUUGAAGAUAUUGUUCAGUACAAUAUCGAUAACGUUGGAUCCGAAGGUGGUCUUCCAGGCGUUCAUCCUGCCUUUAAAUCUGGACAAGAUGGGUUCUUAGCUUCUCUCGCUACUGGCGGUGUCAUGAACGAAACAUAUUGGGAAGCCCUCAAUUUCUGUCAUCGCACUACCCGUGAAGAUGGAAUAGAUGCAGCCCUUUAUAACAACGGUACUCAACUCACCGCACUACUGGUACCGCCCGAUGUGGGUCAAACUUACCAAAUUGCAGCCCAAGCAGGGUAUCCAAUGGUUACUUUACCAGCAGGCGUGAGUCCAUUGGACGGAAUGCCAUUUGGGUUGGCAUUAAUGGGGACUGCUUGGAGCGAGGCAAGUUUGGUUAAGUAUGCGAGUGCGAUCGAGGAUCUACAGCAGAGUUUAGUGGGCUUUCAACAAAAGAGGACGAGUCCGUUGUGGUAUGAUUAUAGAGCUAAAAAUGUUCCUAUUAUAUAG